AUGUCCACAAAGAUACACAAAAUUGAGAAGAACGAAGAUCUAAAGCUGAAAAUCAAAAAGGAAAUGCCAGACCCGUCUGCGAAUUACUGUAGUAAUGGUGAUAGUAAUGGUGAGCUCUCGAUUGUUGGAAUUGCAAUUUCAUUUGUCAAAAAGGACAUUGAGAAAUGGUCUCGCUUUGCUGCGAUUAAGUGA